UUAAUUAAAAGAGAAGUACUUUGGAGGAAGUGCUCGUUCCUCAAGCGUUUAGUUAUUUGUGGUUUCAAUAUGCAUACUUAGCAUUAACACAAGUUAUUGAUUUUUAAAUCUAGCUUUUUACUAGCAAACUACGACCUUGUAUGAGGAACAUGUUUUUAUCACUAACUCUGGUGCUGUGCUUUAUUACAGACCAUUUAAUUCAAAUUGAUGGAGUUAGAGUGAAUUCUCAUAAUUUAAUUUACGACGAGCGUUUAUUCCCACUACCUACAUUUGGGCAAAGUACCAUCGAAUUUAAAUCUAAAAGAAUUCAACAAAUCACUGGGUUGGAGCCAGGUGACACUGCGCCUGCUUUCAGUGUGCCAAUAUUGGAUGGAGAAUUCGUUUACCCGCCACUUACCGGGUUGAAAGGACCAGUGUUAAUUCAUGCUUUUACCAAUAAGUCAGCCUUUUUGGAGUGUUUGUGGAACUCCGAGUCGUCAUUAACCGACUUGGUCCAAGAUCUGCCAGAGAAUACUCAAGUCCUCUUCGUAUCUUUUGAUGACAGCUCUGUCGGUGAUGCCCUGUGGAUGAGAGAUCAAGUCCAUCGUACGGCAUUGCACAGAAAGAAAGAGGUUUUGUCCAGAUUGCACUUCUCCCCUGUUCCUGUAUUUAGCCUGGGAAACUGGAUUCCCAGUGUGCUGUACUCUUGGGCCUGUUCAGGACACAACUGUGGCCUCUCUCAGGCAGUUUUUACUUCUACAGGGUGGAAAAUGCCAGUGAUUAUCAAGAGACUGGAUGCGCGAUAUGAUUGGCUUAUGGGGCACUGGAGUCAGAGGAAAUAUCAGCUGAUAGAUGCAGGAGAUGCAUGUACGCCCAACUCCUCUGUUGCAGAUGCUGUUGCCUGGGUGUCCGAAGGCAGUUGCUCCUUUUUCACCAAGGUGAAGAACAUGGCCCAGUCUAAAGCUACAGGUGUCCUUGUACACACACUUCCUGGAAACCCGAUCCAGGAUAUGAACUGUGUGGGGGAUGAGUGCUAUACACCACUGGGUAUCCCGGCUGCCAUGGUCCACAGUGAGCCCUCCGUGACACAGGCCCUGCAUUUUAUUAUUCGUAGAUAUGGGCAGCAGGUGAACGUGUCUUUUCAGAGUACCCCCUAUCCAAACUUCUUCAUUGGGAUUGACCAGCAGGGGGCCCUGUCUGAGAUGGGCUGGUUCCUCUACCCCUCCUUCAAAUUUCUCAACUGGCAGGCCCAGUGGUUUGAUUUCUCAGAGAGGCUUCAAACAAGACUCCGUGACCCAGCCUUGGUGGUCCCAGUGUUUGAGAAGGUCCAGAUGCAAGGCCAGAUUGGAGCAGUUGCCACUGUGGACCUGCCUACUGACAUUUUAGGUUUUGACAUUCUCGAGCUGGACGCGUCCCUGUCCUGUCCUAGCCGGAGAGACGACUCCUGCCCCCCCUGGGACCACACUGUGCAGCUGUUUGUGUGCUGCGAUCCUUUAAGUCCCUUCUGCAACAUGGAGCUGGGGCGCUGGAUUACAGCGUUCCGCAGAGGCAUUGGGCACUGGCUCACGGAUGUUUCUCCUUUAAGGCCCCUGUUUAACAAUGAGAGAUGUACUUUCACCAUGAAGACUGUUCCUUGGGCCAUGCCCUGGGUGGUGUCUCUCAGUCUGAGAUUCACCAAUAGCAGAGCCAACCUCUCAGACUCCCUUUAUCCCUUUACACUGAUGUCGUUGUACAAUGGGGGCACCUUUGACAAAGAGUACAACAAAAGAUAUGAACCAAUCAAAUUCACUGUCCCAGCAUCAACGAAAAAAGUGGAGUUGUAUGCAGUGAUCACUGGCCACGGGAGUGACAACAACGGUUGUGGCGAGUUCUGCGUGACUUCGCACCACUUCCUUGUCAAUGGAGCUUUCAAUAACACCCGUGUAUUUGACUCGGCAGGGUCAGCCCUGGGGUGUGCCAUGCAAGUGGGAGAGGGGGCAGUGCCCAACGAGCAUGGCACCUGGCUGUAUGGGCGUGGUGGCUGGUGUGAUGGGCUCCAGGUCAACCCCUGGCGGGUGGACAUCACCACACAGGUGGACAUGAGUGGAAUUGAAGCCAAUACUCUUCUCUACUUUGGCCUUUACAAUGGACAGGACCCCAAUCCAUGUCAGGACCCUGGAUAUAUUGUCAUGUUCUCUUAUCUUGUGUUCUACAAGUAAAGUCUCCCAGAUUUUCGAAAAUGUGAAUGAUAAAGACUGAUAAAUGCAAAUGGAAACCAAUCAUGAUAAAAUCUACAUAAAAACAAAUCUGACAA